AUGUUUAUUGGGAGAAUUCACAGGGGAGAGAAACGCUACAAGUGCUCUGAGUGCGGGAAACGCUUCAAUCGAAGCUCUGCCCUUAUCACACAUAGGAGAAUCCACACGGGAGAGACGCCCUACACAUGCUCUGAAUGUGGGAAAAGCUUUAAUCAGCACUCACAGCUUAUCACACAUAUUAGAAUCCACACAGGAGAGACGCCCUACACGUGCUCUGAGUGCGGGAAAAGCUUCAGUCGGAGCUCACACCUUAUCACGCAUCAGACAGUCCACACGGGUGAGAAACCUUAUGGAUGUGCUGAGUGCGGGAAACGCUUCAAUCGGCACUCACACCUUAUCACACAUAGAAGAAUCCACACUGGGGAGAAACCUUAUGGAUGCUCUGAGUGUGGGAAAUGCUUCACUGAUAGUUCAGCCCUCAUCUCACACCAGCGAAUCCACACAGGAGAGACGCCCUACACAUGCCAUGAGUGUGGGAAAAGCUUCAAUCAGCGCUCACACCUUACCACACAUCAGACAAUCCACACAGGUGAGAAACCUUAUGGAUGCUCCGAGUGUGGGAAACGCUUCAAUCGGAGCUCACAGCUUAUCACCCAUCGAAGAAUCCACACAGGUUCCCACGGUGCCGGCACCGACCGCCCAACAGACCGCAUCGGUGAGGAGCGCACCUUCAGCACCGUAUCGCUCUGGUACCAAGAAGGACUCCUGGCACUGACAUCUGCCGGCACCGGCUCUCCGGCACCGCUCCCUUUCCCCGAUGGGGAAACGAUGUACUGCUCCGACCCCAUCCUCGCAAAAGGAGCAAGCAUCAAAGUCCGUCCGUCAGACCCCAGUAACGGCUGCGGCACUGUCAACACAGGCACCGCAGUUGGCAGCUGCUCCUAG